GGCCGAUAAUUCGGAGCUGCUCACCCAUGCUAUCGGGAUGCGGCUAUCCGGCCAGGCGUCUGGCUUCGCCUGGGAACUCGACUCGUGUGCCUGGAAGCCAUGCUAUCCUGCACUAGCUUGACAGGUUGGAGAACCCUUGGUGAUACCAAUCAGGCCGUGGCCUAGAAAUUGGCGGCUGAUCCGGCGCAUAUCGAGCCACGAGGUCCCUGUGGGACGACGGUGACCCUGGUCGAUCGUGGCCCCUCCUUCUCCCACCUCCCCACGGCCCCGGGAAGCCUAUCUCCACGACCGCGCAUUCAGCCCCAAAGUUUCGCCUCCCAAACUCCUCGCGUCGUGAAUUGUUUUCGGUACUUGUCGCAAAGGCAUACUCGGGAUUCACACAGCCGCGUCAAAGCACCAAUGUCACGCAAGAGGACGUGGAGCGAAGCACGACUCGAACAAGAGCCGCGGAUAUCGACUCCUUCGACCAGUCACCGUAGUGCUGAACAUGAGGCACUCACGUCUCCCAGCCACGGGCAAAGGCGCCCGCAAAGCGACGAGUCGCCGGCACAACCCCACGUGCCAGUGAUUUCGCGCAAAGUCAAGGCGUGCGCUGCCUGUCGCAAGCAUAAGAUUAAAUGUAUAAUGGAUAGUAGUGGUCCUCCAUGCCGGCGAUGCACAGAGAAAGGCCUUGGCUGCGUCUUGAACAAAAGCCUCCAGACGCUCAUCAGUGAGCGGAAUCAAUUCUCGGAAUCUAUCAUCCGAGACAUGGAGAUGAUGCAUUCAAGUCUCCAGACUGUUCUCAAGACACUCAACUUACCACCUGUAGCGCCUCUGGAAACUGUCCGGAACGAGCAACAUAGCCCGAUAUCAGAAGAGCCAUUACAAUUUGAGAAAGGGCCGUCUUGUGACAACUCCCCGAAAGCUCACCCAGUUGAUGACAAUGAGCUGCCGAACGUCCCGAUCCAGUCUGUCUAUCACCUCACGAAACUAAGUGCGCUUCGCUCCCCAGAUUCACUUCGACAGGAGUCCACGCCGAAAUCCGAUACUAUCGAUGACUUCAUAUCCAAAGGACAGCUGCCGCUAGCCGACGCUGAACGUCUAUUCCUCCUAUACAAGGACAAACUUGAUCACUAUCUAUAUCACAUCACCACCUCGAUCAAGAGCCUGGAGCAGGCUAGGAGGCGGAGUCGCAUACUCACAGUCAGCAUGCUGACGGUUGCCGCACUGCAUGACCCACAAGGCAAUGCGAACUACGGUGUCUGCAGCCAAGAAUUCCGUAGGGUCAUGGCCGGCAGCAUAUUCAGCAGGAGGAUUGACCGUGAUUACCUGCGCGCCAUGUGCAUCGCUUCGUAUUGGCUCAGUGAUAUCAGCUGGAUGAUAUCAGGAUAUGCCAUUCGCCGGGCAGCAGAGUUCAACCUGCAAGGGUACUACCGGAGGGCUAUCGCGGAACCGGAUGAGGAAGCCAUUGAUUUUGUGCGGAUAUGGUAUGCGCUCUACAUCUGCGAUCAGCAUCUCAGCACAUUGUUUUCGAGACAGUCUGUCAUUCGAGAAGAUUCGACAAUACAGGGCUGGCAGGAGGUAAUCAAAGCACCACUUGCGAACGGGCAGGAUGUCCGACUUGCGUCCCAAGUCGUGAUCCUUGAUAUCCUGCGAAGUAUUCGUGAUCUGUUCGGGCCAGACACAGGGGAAACGGUACCGCAGGUUUAUCUGAUGCAAAUAUCUGCAUUUGCGCGGCAAAUUGACCAAUACGUGGGACAUUGGUCAACAGCACUCAAAGACAUUGGCACAUAUCCGAGAAAGGGGGCACUCUUACACUUCCACUUCGGAAAGCUGUACCUGUACUCUCACGUGUUUCGAGGGCUGCGUGAUGCCACGAUUCCAGCGCACUUUCGAGAAUGUGCAACCCAUGCCGUACACUCGGCGACCGCCAUCAUCAACCUGCACCUCAACGACGCCGACAUCAAGGAGGCGAUAUCCGGCCUGCCGACGUACAUCCACUCGAUGACGGGCUUCGCGUGCAUGUUCCUCGCCAAAUUGGCCAUGACGCAAGGCGACGACAUGAUUGAGCGCAGCACCGUCACAGACCUCAUCACUCGGCUCAUCUCGCUGUAUCGUGCCCAGUCUGUCAGCAAGUGGCAUUUGAUCAAGCUGAUGGCCGGAGGGCUCGACAAGGUUGUGCAGACGCUAUCGACCAGCGAGCCUCCUUCGCCGACUAAAAAGAGAGCCCAGCUCACUCAGCAACAGAACGCCAUGAAGAAGGGAAACUUUGAGGCGCUAUCGGCCGUCAUGUUGCCCCAGACAGAUCAGCAACAAGCCCAGCAGGGCCAGAACCAUCGGCAGAACAAGCAAGCGCAUUCUCAGCCAACCCCGAGGGGGGCAGGCCUGCUUUCACAAGACCAGCAGAUCCCUCCAGACCUGGACUUGGGGCUGGAAGGGUUUGGAGGAUUCUCCGAGGGCGACGCCUCGCUGCUUGGUCUGGACUCCAACUUCCUCUUGGGCUAUGACAUGAGCUUGGGGCCGGAACAGCUCAUGUAUCUCAGCAACGGGCACAGCAGCUUCGACACAGAUCUCAGCCCCACGUUCUUAUGAUUGCAAAAACAGCACAGCAUCACUGGUAGAACAGCCCAGAUAAAA